AUGUGGACACAGAUCCUGUGUUUUUCCGUCGUCGCUGCCGCCGCCACUCUGACGGUAGUGGUGUACGCAGCGCCAUUGAAUGUACCACAAAGCAUCACUUGUCCUGAUAACAAAAUCUACGUCUUCGUUAACCAAUCGGACGUCGACAGAACACCUUACAUUUUCGUCGAAAUUCACGCUGAUGACUUACAAGACUGUAUUCAUAAAUGCUUUGGAAAUGAGUUUUGCUACUCGCUAAAAUACGACAGUACAGCUGCCGACAAGUGUUCACUAUACUAUUUCGCUUCGUUCAACUGUACAGCACAUGAACUGGUACUAGCUACCGAUGUGCAGUAUCGUGGUGGCACCACCAUCAUCGAUUGUCUCAAAUGUCCUGCUAAUAGAGAUUUCGUCACCGCUCCACCAUUCUUUGCUCUCAACGAUCAAGCUUUUCUAACAAAGGAUUUGAAUGAUCGUACAUUUGUUUCUAAGCCACCUAGGAAUGAACUCACUAGCGAUAUUGGAUCGAAAUUCUCAGGAGGGUUUCCACCGAGCAGGGAGCCUACGGCGGAAUGGCGUAACACUGUAGAACAGAAAGGUUCGCCGAAGGAUUUUCUCAAGAAACUAGGUCAUAAAGAUGAAACAAAAUCAAACGCACUUGUGAUCCUUCAUCAAGAAGACAAGGUUGACACUACCAUUCACGAAGACCAAACAACACUGCCAUCUGCAACUUCUACGGAAACCAAUAAAAAUUGUCUCAUCAAAUUCCAAGCUCGACCAUUCUCUGACCAUCCACCAGAGUUCAAUGCAUCACUUGAAAUUGAGUUUCUAGUGGAUUCAGCAGAAAUGUGUGCUUUUCGCUGUUAUCAGGAUGGAUGUAGUGGUGCUAAAUACGAUCCCACAGCUAGUUCAUGCGCCCUGUCAUACAAUGACAAUCCGUUCUGCACUAAGGAAGACAUGUUGCUUCAGUACAAGACUGAUCAAGUAACGUGGCUGAAUUGUGUCAACUGCUACAAGACGACUGCCACAAAUGGCACUACCGAUGCUCUUCUUCCUUCUGCUUCACAAGCAUCUCCAAUGACUGAGACGGAGACAUCAACCAUUGAUUCACUAUCUAAAAAAAAACAUCGCCCAAUAACUAAUGCGAACAAGUUCCAAAAAGGUUGUCUCAUAAAGUUUCAAGCACGUCCUAUCAGUGAACGUCCAUCUCAAUCAAAAGCACCUUUCGAACUGCAACUAUCAGCCGAAUCGAUUGAACUGUGCGCCAGCCAUUGCUAUCAGGACGGUUGCAGUGGAGCAGCAUAUGAUCCAACUACGAGGAUUUGUUCUCUAGCAUAUAAUGACGAACAGUACUGCGACAAAUCACCAAUCUUUCAUCAUUAUAAUGCUACAAAUAUCACUUGGAUUCACUGUUUGAAUUGCUAUGGAAUCAGCGAACCUGAUCCCACUACAGAUUCGCCAUCGCAAUCAACCACCAUUUCUCCGUCCAUCACUACUUCACAGCAGCAUACGGCGAUCAUAUCUAACAAUGUCGGCGAAAAAUUGGAAAAUGAUACACAAACUGAAAUAACCUCUCAGUUUCAAAGAAAUUGUGCGAUAAAAUUUCAAGCCCGACCAUUGUCGGAACGACCUUCACAGCUUCACGCUGAAUUCGAAUUGGAAUUACAAGCAGACUCCGUCGAAUUGUGUGCGACACGUUGCUAUCAGGAUGGGUGUACCGGAGCCAAGUUUGACCCGAAAACGAGGUCGUGUGAACUCUCAUACACCGAUAAGAACUUUUGCAAUAACUCAGAUGUUAUUUUGCGUUAUGAAGCAACUGAACCAACUUGGAUCCAUUGCGUGAAUUGUUAUACUGUACGACCUCAUCUAACGGAAGAAACUCCAGUCCGCCCUUCGGAUAUAACCAGCGGGUCUACACCGCCAUCAUCAAAGUUCCACGAAGCAAAUGAGGAGUUUCAGGAUUUCCUGAAAAAAAGUCCAGAAGGUUGCAUUGUGCGCUUCCAAUUCGUCAAGCUUGCAGAACGUCCACCUCAACUAAUUUCGAACUUCGAAACGUCCUUCACAACCGAAACAGCUGAAAUAUGUGCAUUCCAAUGUUAUCGGAAUGGUUGCACUGGUGCAAAAUUUGUGCCGGAAACAAAUGGAUGUUCGCUGUCAUAUGAUGCUAAGCCGUAUUGUUCCAAAUCGAUGCUUGUUACCCUUUCUCAUGUGGAACAGCCCAUAUUCAUACACUGCUUGAGUUGCGUUCCAAGAAAUGCCAGCGUUGACGAACAUGGCGACGGCUUUCUGUCUUCGAAUAUAGACGCACUUCCAGAACAGGAGGAGAAACAAAGCAGCAACUUAUCAAUUCCACAAACUGAAACAACACAGGAAGAAAGCGGAGAAAUUCCACUCCUUCAAGAAGAAUUAUCUUCUCCGGCAAUAGAAACCAGUGGAGAAGAACCACAGGAUAAUUUGCCGAUAGUUCAAGCAAGCAUAGACAAAACAACAACAUUAGAUGAAACUCAGAUGCCGUCAGAAUCGGUUACAGCAAGCUCUCCAGCAAAUACUAAUGAAAAACUUACAAAAACAUCAUCAAGUCCUCAAUUUACAACUGAACAGUUCACCUCGACUGAAAAAUCAUCCGCGGCGCUGGUUAAGGAAGAGACCGGAGAAAUUCCAGAACCCGAAGAAAAAACGCUUUCGCCAGCCAGUGGGGAAGAACCAGUGGAUAGCAGUAUUUUACCGAAAAUCGAGGCGAGCACGGACGAGACAACAACACUAGGUGAAGCCCACCUGCCAGCGGAAUCUGUAGCAACAAGUUCUCCGGUAAUCACUAAUGAAGAUCUCACAACAGUGCCAUUAGGUACAGAACCUACAAUUGAACAGGUGACGACGACGGAAGAAUCAUCUACGAUGCCGGUAAAGGAGGAUAGCGAAGAAAUUCGGUUACCUGAAGAAGAAACAAGUUUGCCAGCAGUAGAAGCCAGCGGGGAAGAACCAGCGGAUAGUAGUAUUUUACCGAAAGUAGAGGCUAACAAGGACGAAACAACGACGUUUGGUGAAACCCAGCUGCCAGCGGAAUCUGUAGCAACAAGUUCUCCGGUAAUCACAAAUGAAGAUCUCACAACGGUGCCAUUAGGUACAAAACCUACAAAUGAACAGUUGACGACGACGGAAGAAUCAUCUACGACACCGGUGAAGGAGGAAAGCGAAGAAUUUCCGUUAGCUGAAGAAAAAACAAAUCUUCCCCCAGUAGAAGCCAAUGAAGAAGAGCCAGUGGAUAGCAAUAUUUUACCGAAAAUCGAGACGAACAUGGACGAAACAACGACGUUUGGUGAAACCCAGCUGCCAGCGGAAUCUGUAGCAACAAGUUCUCCGGUAUUCACUAAUGAAGAUCUCACAGCGGUGCCAUUAGGUACAGAACCUACAGUUGAACAGUUGACGACGACGGUAGGCGAAACCCACCUGCCAGCGGAAUCUGUAGCAACAAGUUCUCCGGUAAUCACAAAUGAAGAUCUCACAACGGUGCCAUUAGGUACAGAACCUACAGUUGAACAGUUGACGACGACGGUAGGCGAAACCCACCUGCCAGCGGAAUCUGUAGCAACAAGUUCUCCGGUGAUCACUAAUGAAGAUUUCACAACGGUAGCACUAGGUACAGAACCUACAGUUGAACAAUUGACGACGACGGAAGAAUCAUCUACGAUACCGGUGAAGGAGAAUAGCGAAAAAAUUCGGUUGCCUGAAGAAGAAACAAGUUUGCCAGCAGUAGAAGCCAGCGAGGAAGAACCAGCGGAUAGUAGUAUUUUACCGAAAGUAGAGGCUAAUAAGGACGAAACAACGACGUUUGGUGAAACCCAGCUGCCAGCGGAAUCUGUAGCAACAAGUUUUCCGGUAAUCACUAAUGAAGAUCUCACAACGGUGCCAUUAGGUACAGAACCUGCGGUUGAGCAGUUGACAACGACGGAAGAACCAUCCGUGAUGCCAGCGGAAAAGGAGAGAGGAGAAGCUCCAGAGCUGGAAGGAAGAACACUGUCAGCAACACCAUCCACAGUGGAAACGGCUGGAGAACCAGUGGAUAGGAAUAGCUUACCGAAAGUGCAAGCAACCACGAAGGAAACAUCAGCAUUAUUUGAAACUCAGUUGCCAUCAAAAUCGGUGACAACGAGCUCUCCAGCAAUCACUAAUGAAGAUCUCACCCCGACAUCAUCACGUCGUGAAUCUACAAUUGAACACUUCACCACAAUGGAAGAGUCAUCAACGAUACCUAUGAAUGAGGAUAACAACGAAAUUCCGUUACCAGAGAAAAAAACAUUUUCGCUAGAUGCAAAAAACAGUGGGAAAAAGCCAGUAGAUAGCAAUAUAUUACCGAAAGUAGAGGCGAACAUAGACGAGAUAGCAACAUUUGGUAAAAGCGAGAUGCCACCAAAAUCGGUAACAACAGGCUUUCCAGUAAUCCCUAAUAAAAAUAUUGCUACAGCAUCUCCACCUAUUGAAUCUAUACUUGGCCAUUUUACACCAACAGAAGGACCAUCAACGUUACCGGUGAAGGAGGACAGUGGAGUAAUUCCAGAUUCGGAAAAAGGAACACUGUCAACAACAUCGUACGCCGAGGAAACGACUGGAGAAGAACCAGUGUCAAAAGCGGAGGCGACCACGGAGGAGGCAACAACAUUAGUUGAAACCCAAAUGCCACUAGAAUCAGUAACAACAGGUUUUCUAGGAAGCCCUAAUGAAGAACUUGUUACAGUAUCCCCACUUGCUGAACCUACACUUGAGCACUUCACAUCAACAGCGGAACCAUCGAUGGUACAGGGCAAGGAUGAUCGCGGAGAAAUGCCAGAGCCACAAGAAACAACACCUUUAGCAACACCGCAUGCAGUUGGAAAGAGUGGAGAAGAACCAGUGGGUAGCAAUUUACCUAAAGUACAGGCGAGCAAGGAUGGAGCAACAACGUUAGCUAAGGAGCAAACAGAGUUAGAAUCGGUGAGAGCAAGUUCUCCAUCCAUUGAUAAUGGAGAUCUUACAAAACUAUCAUUACGUCCGGAAUCUACGACUGAACAGCUGACAAAGACGGUAGAAUCAUCCACGAUACCGCUGAAGGAAGAUAGCGGAGAAAUUCCGGGCCAGGAACAGAAAUUACCUUUAUCAGUGACACCAUCAGAAGCGGAAGCGAGUGGGAAUGAACAUGUGGGCAUCAAUAAUUUGCCCGAAGUGGAGGCAAACGUAGACGAAACAACAACAGUAAGACAGGUGCCAUCGGAAUCGAUAACAGUAGGUUCUCCAGUAAUCGCUGAUGAAGAGCUUACAAUGGUACCGUCACGUCCUGUAUCUACACCCACAAUCCCAGUGAAGGAGGAAAGCGGAGAAAUUCCGGCACCCGAAGAGAAAACGCCUUCGUCAGCAACAUCACUAACAGUAGAAGCGAGCGGAGAAGAAACAGCAGACGGCAGUAAUUUACCGGAGGUGGAAGCGAAAAUGGACGAAACAACAGUAGUGGAGGCAACCGGCGUGCUGACAGCAUCAACGACAAAAGCUUCUUCUUUGGAUAGCCACAUCGAAGUUGCUGCUAGCCCGUCUUCAUCUUUUUCUAGUUUUACAGAAGAGCAGCUAAGAACAACUUGGGAGUCGUCGACACCAACAGCAACUGGAAGAACAACUGAAACAGGUGGAACAAUUCAGGAACUCAACGAAAAAAUACCUUCGUCGAUAACAGUUUCCGCAGAGGAAGGGAUUGAGAGAAAACCAGUGAAUACCAAUAAUGCACCAAAAGUGGAGGAGCAUAUGGAGGAAACAACGGUAGUGGCCGAAACUCAGAUGCCAUCAGAAUCAACGGCAAGAGAUUCCUUUUUUUCAACUAAUCACGAAGACGUGGCAAGCACAUCUUCAUCUUUUACUGAUUCCACAACUGAACAAUUUAGCACGGCAUUGGAAUUGUCUUUAGUAGGAAUGAAAGAAGCAAAUGGGAGAAAUCACCAUCUUGUAGAAAACGUAACUUCCUCUAUAACACUGCCAACAAUAGAAAAAAGUGAGCAAGAUCACGUUCAAAGCGAUAAGUCGCCGGAAGUAAAACCUAUCAUAGAGGAAACAGCAGCAGGAAGCCUAUCCCCGGAUUCUUCAGAACUGGUGACCAGAACUCCCUCAGAUAACCGUGAUGAUGGGUUGAAGACUUCAUCUCUAGCCUCUUUCGUAUUUGAAACCGAGGAAUCUGGAACGACGUUAGAAACAUCGACGCUACCAGGAACGAAAGCUCUUGGGAGAAUUCCCGAAUUUGAAGAAAAAGGAGUGAGGCCAACUGAAUCGUUAAUGGAAGAGGAGAGUGUUGAGGAACCUACUAAGAUCAACAAGUCGUGGAAUGUGGAAACAAGCUUGGACGAAACUAACAAUGCUGUACAACCAGGAAAUCAAGAUUCUGCAAGUUUUCCACCUAAGUUAGUUUCCGAAGUUACUACUCCCGUCGAGGAAACUUUGGUGCCAACUUUACCAGCUUUCAUUAGGUCAAGUUCCAAUGGAACGUCAUUGCUAUUCGAUCAUGGAACAACGUCCACGACAGAAAGUCAUUUAGAUGUAUCUGAAACGAGUGCAGGAAUGACAGAUGGAAGCACAGACGAUUUUGAUGACAUAACUGAGUCUAUUUUUAAUGCAUCCAUCAUAGAUCAUGGACACAGAGCUAGUCUACCAAUCAACGUUGGGUUUGUACCAGGCUCUGAUCCAGAUUCUCUUACUUCUGUUAGCGGAGAAGAAGAGCAAGAAAUCGGUAAAACGGUAAAAUUUUUCGUUACUCUAACCUUUUUUACAGUGUUUCGAGGUGCAAGCCAGUUAAAGGAAAUUUCACAUAACCAGUACACCAUGCCGGUUUACCGGUGA